AUGGCUUUGAAUGAAUCUCAACCAGGAAUGCAAUCACCGGUUACACAUCAGCAGCUUUUAAUCACACCGGGUGGGACAAAACAUUGGAUACCACAAUGUGACGAAUCGAUUAAACCAUAUCAAGGACAAAGAUUCCGGAAUUUACAUAAAGCGGUGAACUUCUACAAGACUUAUGCUCUUAGUGUUGGUUUUGACGUGAGACAUAGCACAUUGGUGAAAGCACAUGACAAGACCAAGACGGUUAUUUGGAAAUACCUCGUGUGCUCCCGGGAGGGGUAUAAGCAUCAUGAUGUCAUCAGUUCUACGAGACAUGCUACAGGUCAUGUGACGAGACGUAGGGUGUCCAACAGGGUAGGAUGUACUGCCAAGAUUGGAGUGCAAUAUGAUGGAUCGAACGGAUACAUCGGAUCAAUAUUUGAUGUUAAAUUCUAA